GUGUGUAUGUGUGUGUAUCUUUUUUGGUAGAUAUACAUAUAUAGAUUUCCUCAUUAUUGUUUCGUCGAAAUGAGUGAUAAAGACUCCUCGGUUGUAGCAAAUAAGGUAGAACCGAAUGAAGAACCCGACCAGUCGAAUAUUUUACCACGUGGAAUAAGUUCUCUUUUGGGCCCUGUGCUUUGUGAUAUUGACAAGUCGGUGGUGGCAGCUCAUCAAAGUCAAGAAGAUCUAGGCAAAGAAAUUGAACGUCUUAUAGCAGAAUUGGAAGUAUUUGCAGAUAUUGCAGAACCACCUCGACUACAACCUGCAUUGGAUAUUUUGGCAGAUGCUCGUAAACGACUGACAGUAGCUACUAAACUCAUGCAACAAACCCAAGCUCGUAUACAGCGUAUUCAAGUGGCUCUUGAGAAGUGAAUAAUAUAUAUAUAUAUUCCCCACAAAAAAAUGACGCACGUUGGUAUGCGUACAAAUAUGCGUACACAUAUAACAUAUUCAUAUACCUUGUAUUCAAUUGUAUAUAUAUGUAUACUUCCAGAACAGAAAAAAGUAUGAAUAAACCAUUUGAUUUCUAAUUCUCAAUAAAAAAUUAUACAUCAACUUUUGUUACAU